AUGCCGGUGAUGAAGGGGCUGCUGGCGCCGCAGAACACCUUCCUGGACACCAUCGCCACCCGCUUCGAUGGCACACACAGCAACUUCAUCCUGGCAAACGCUCAGGGCCGCUGUGGCUUCCCCAUCGUGUACUGCUCCGAUGGCUUCUGUGACCUCACCGGCUUCGCCCGCACCGAGGUCAUGCAGAAGAACUGCAGCUGCCGCUUCCUCUGCGGGGCUGACACCAGUGAGACCACCCUGCAGAGCAUCGAGAAGGCCCUGGACAGCAGGCAGGAGUACCAGACUGAGGUCUGCUUCUACAAGAAGGGUGGAGCUGCCUUCUGGUGCCUGCUGGACAUCAUGCCCAUCAAGAAUGAAAAGGGGGAAGUGGUGCUCUUCCUCUUCUCCUUCAAGGACAUCACAGAGAGCCGAGGCAGGAGCUACCCUGGUGACAAGAAGGAGGAGAAGCAAAGGAGUGAGAAGCAGAGGAGCAAGAAGCCUGGGAACUCUCACCUGAGGGCUGCACGGAGGCAGGGCCGGACCAUGCUGCACCAGCUCAGCAGCCAGUUUGUCCGGAGGGACCGUGGCGAGAUGAAAAUCAACCGUAACGUGUUUGAGAACAAGCCGUCCAUCCCCGAGUACAAGGUGGCCUCGGUGCAGAAGUCCCGCUUCAUCCUGCUCCACUACAGCAUCUUCAAGGCUCUCUGGGACUGGUUGAUCCUGUUGGCCACCUUCUACGUGGCUAUCACUGUCCCCUACAAUGUCUGCUUCACGGGCACAGAGGACAGCCUCUCCGCUGCCCGCAGCACCAUUGUCAGUGAUAUCGCCGUGGAGAUGCUCUUCAUCCUGGAUAUCAUCCUGAACUUCCGGACAACAUACGUGAGCCAGUCGGGCCAGGUUGUGUACGACCCUCGCUCCAUCUGCAUCCACUACGUGGCCACCUGGUUCUUUGUGGAUCUGAUUGCUGCUCUGCCCUUCGAUCUGCUCUACAUCUUCAAUGUGACCGUGACCUCGCUGGUUCACCUGCUGAAGACGGUGCGGCUGCUGCGGCUGCUGCGGCUGCUGCAGAAGCUGGACCGCUACUCGCAGUACAGCGCCAUGGUGCUCACGCUGCUCAUGUCCAUGUUUGCCCUGCUGGCCCACUGGAUGGCCUGCAUCUGGUACGUCAUCGGCCGCAAGGAGCUGGAGAGCAACGACCCCCGCACCUGGGACAUCGGCUGGCUGCACGAGCUGGGCAAGAGGCUGGAGGCUCCCUACAUCAACAAUUCGGUGGGGGGUCCCUCCAUCCGCAGCGCCUACAUCGCCUCCCUCUACUUCACCCUCAGCAGCCUGACCAGCGUGGGCUUUGGAAAUGUCUGUGCCAACACCGACACCGAGAAGAUCUUCUCCAUCUGCACCAUGCUCAUUGGGGCGCUGAUGCACGCCGUGGUCUUCGGCAAUGUCACGGCCAUCAUCCAGCGCAUGUACUCCCGCCGCUCGCUCUACCACACCCGCAUGAAGGACCUCAAGGACUUCAUCCGUGUCCACCACCUGCCCCAGCAGCUCAAGCAGAGGAUGCUGGAGUACUUCCAGACCACCUGGUCGGUGAACAACGGCAUUGAUGCUAAUGAGCUGCUCCAUGACUUCCCCGACGAGCUGCGUGCAGACGUGGCCAUGCACCUCAACAAGGACAUCCUGCAGCUGCCCAUCUUCGAGACGGCCAGCCGGGGCUGCCUCCGCUCCCUCUCGCUGCACAUCAAGACCUCCUUCUGUGCCCCGGGGGAGUAUCUGCUGCGCCAGGGCGACGCCUUGCAGGCCAACUACUUUGUCUGCUCCGGCUCCCUCGAGGUGCUGAAGGACAACGUGGUGCUGGCCAUCCUGGGCAAAGGGGAUUUGAUUGGAGCCGACCUGUGCAGAACGGACCAGGUGAUCAAGACCAACGCGGACGUGAAGGCUCUGACCUACUGCGACCUUCAGCACAUCGGCCUGCGGGGGCUCUGUGAGGUGCUGCAGCUCUAUCCUGAGUAUGCCAGCAAGUUCACAGCUGACAUCCACCAGGACCUGACCUUCAACCUGCGGGAGGGCAGCGAGAUGGAGGUGGGUGCGUGUCCUCCUGCUCCCCCUUCCUGUGCUCACGGCCCUGGGGAUGGGGCUGGGCACGGCCGUGGAAGGGGAGUCUGUGCUGAGGUUCCAAGGUUGGGGAAGGGGCUGCAGCUCUGCCACCCUGGCACGCAGGGGCUCUGCCGCUACUCCCGGUCCCCGAGGCCGCCGCAGGCGCCACAGCCUCGUCCGGAGAGCGGCGCUGCCCCGGAGAAGCCCCUUCCCUCCAUUGUGGAGGAUGAGGAGGAGCCCGACGAGGUUUUCCAGCAGUCCCCUGCCAGCAGCUCCCGCCGCAAGCUGCUGCUGCCCGCUCUGAGCAGCUCCGUCCGCCGCGGCUCGCUGAGCAGCCUCCUGGGCGAUGAGCUGUGCCAGGUCUCAGCCCUGCGGCACAGCUGCCCCUCCCCAGCCCGCGGCAGCCGCAGCCCCUCUCCGCAGUGCCGGAGGGACAGCCGGCUCCUGGAGCGGGGCGGGGGCGUGGGCAGGAGGCCGGCCAAGCUGCUCAUCCCCUCGCUGCACUCGUACGGCCCGCCCGACCUCAGCCCCAGAGUCGUGGAUGGGAUUGAAGACAACGGAGGCACUUCAGAGUCACAAACUUUCUGCUUCAGCACGGAGCCGAGUGCGGCAAGGGAUUCCCCCAGCUCAGCAGGGACUGACCCCGGCGGCACAGCCCUGGUGAUGGAGGCAGAGCAGAUAAAGCAGAACAUCAGCAGGCUCAACCAGGAGAUCAACCACCUCAACCAGGAGGUUUCCCACCUCAGCCGGGAGCUGCAGAGCAUGAUGGAGCUGCUCAAGGCUCACCUGGGCACCCCGCAUCCCCCGGCCUGUCCCUGCCGUCUGCCCGCCACAGUCCCGCCGCCCGCUGCCCCGGUGCCCGCCUCGCCCCCGGUGCCCCCCAGCUCGCUCAGCUCGCCCACCGCCAGCCCCCGGGCCAAGCGCUGCCCGGUCCGCAGCCGCUCUGCCCACGCCGCCGCCCUGUACCCCGGGCUGGGCGCCGAGGGGCCGCGCCCGCCGCGGGGGGACACCCCCGGCCCCGACCCUCGCCGGGGCUCGGACUCGCAGCCGCCGCCGCCGCUGCCGCCGCGCUCCGCCCGCUCCUUCCCCGGCUGCUCGGCCGGCGCUUGGUGUCGCGCCCGCCCGCAGCCGCGAUCCGGCUCCACCAGCUCGCACUGACCCCGCGGGCACCGGCGGGAGCCUCCCCGGGGCUCUCCGCUCCGGGUGACCCUGCCCGGGGUCCGUGCCCCGGGAGUCACCGGGACGCCGCGCUCCGGACACUCGCAGGGAUUUUGAUACGGUUUUAUACUCUUUGCCCUCGGGGCCUUUUCUGCAGCCCCGCUCGGGUCUCCCGGGGCCGUGGGACGUGGCGGGGCAGUGUACAGAUCUCCGAUGGGGUCUCCGGUGGGGUCUCCGGUUUGCCCGGGGGUCACGGCCGCUGCCGCCCCUCCGCGGCUGUAGUUCGUGUUGUUCCGCCCCGCCUCUCCCACGCUCCCCG